UGCGCGCUCCCCACCCCAGACCCUUCAAGAUGGCGGACAGGCGGCGGCAGCGGGCCUCCCAGGACAGCGAGGACGAGUCCGACUCGGCCGCCUCCGACAGCGUCGCCUCCCCGGCCGGCGCGGCCCGCUCCGGCUCCCCCGCCUCGCCCCCGAGACCGGCCCGGGGCGCCGCCGGGACCCUCCCCGCCGGGGGCCGGGGCCGCGGGGCCGAGAGCGCGGCCGGGGCCGCCAAGAGCCCGGAGUCCGAGUGUGAAAGUGAAGAUGGCAUCGAAGGAGAUGCUGUUCUCUCGGAUUACGAAAGUGCAGAAGACUCCGAGGCUGAGGAAGGGGAGUACAGUGAGGAGGAAAGCUCAAAGGUGGAGCUGAAGCAGGAGAGUAACAAUGCCAGUGAAUCCACAGGAAAAGCAGAGAAAGGGGAAGAGAAACCUGACCCGAAAGGUGCUGUGACUGGCGAGAGACAAAGCGGGGAUGGGCAGGAGAGCACUGAACCAGCUGAGAAUAAAGUUGGGAAAAAGGUCCCCAAGCACUUGGAUGAUGAUGAGGAUCGGAAGAACCCUGCUUACAUACCCCGCAAAGGGCUCUUCUUUGAACAUGAUCUCCGAGGACAGACUCAGGAGGAGGAAGUCAGGCCGAAGGGUCGCCAGCGAAAGCUAUGGAAAGACGAGGGCCGCUGGGAACAUGACAAAUUCCGGGAAGAUGAGCAAGCCCCCAAAAGCAGGCAAGAGCUGAUUGCACUCUACGGCUAUGACAUCAGGUCAGCUCACAAUCCCGACGACAUCAAGCCGAGGAGGGUACGCAAACCACGGUUUGGGAGCCCUCCACAGCGAGAGCCAAACUGGGCCAACGAGAGGCAAAACAAGCCGCCAAGACACCAGGACUCUGAUAGUGCUCCGCUGCCAACACGAACCUUCAUCAGCCGGCACUCCGCAGGCAUGGGUAGGAUGCCCCCAGCCAGAAACGUUCCAAGGGUGGGUGGCUACAAAGAGAACCGUCCAAGCUACCGAGCUGUGGAAGCAAACGGCCAGCACCUCUCUCGAACAGGUGAGCAGGCUAAACAGGAGAGCAGUUACCGGGCGAGGCGUGUUGAACAAGCCCCGGAGAGAGACCCCUCUCCUGAAGCAGAGAGUGUGCAUGUUCACAGCAGUCCUGCCAAGAAGGAAGAGAUCAUUUUGGAAAGCCAGACCCCGAGUACAGACUCUGUACAGCUGCCACCAGAUAGACCCAUCGAAAAAAAAUCCUACUCCCGGGCCAGGAGGACCAGGAAUAAAGCUGGCGAUGCAGGAAAGCUGGCAGAUGAAGUUCCACCUCCAGAAGGAUUGACACCAGUGCCUCCGAAACCAGUGCAGGUAGUGACGCCCCCUCCACCAGCGAAGGCCGGUAGUUGGGAGACACCAGUAGAAUCCAGCAUGGAUGGACUUGAGCAAGACAUGACUCAGUUGAAUCUAACUGAGCAGACCUGGACCCAAGGACAGCCUCCGUUCAUACCGCCUCGGGAACUUCGGGGUAUUCCUAAUCAUAUGCACAUGGGAGCUGGACCACCACCUCCGUUUAACAGGAUGGAGGAAAUGGGAGUACAGGGGGGCCGUGCAAAGCGUUACUCAUCCCAGCGUCAGCGGCCACCAGUUCCAGAGCCUGCUCCCCCCAUGCACAUCAGCAUCAUGGAAGGGCACUAUUAUGAUCCACUACAAUUCCAGGGACCAAUCUACACACACAGCGAGAAUCCUGCCCCGUUGCCACCCCAGAGUAUGAUUGUACAGCCAGAAAUGCACCUCCCACAUCCAGGUUUACAUCCACACCAGACACCAGCACCUUUGGCUAACCCUGGCUUAUAUCCUCCACCAGUCUCCAUGCCUCCUGGGCAACCACCCCCACAGCAGCUGCUCGCACCCACCUAUUUCUCCCCUCCUGGAGUCAUGAAUUUUGGGAAUCCCAGUUACCCCUAUCCCCCAGGAGCACUCCCACCACCACCUCCUCCCCAUCUGUAUCCCAGCACACAGGCCCAGGUGUACGGAGGGGUCACCUACUACAACACUGUCCAGCAGCAAGCACAGCCGAAACCUUCUCCUCCACGAAGAACAUCCCAGCCCGUGACUAUCAAGCCACCGCCUCCUGAGGACAGCACAAGUGAAAAAUCAAAGGAAAGGAGAAAUACGUAGGGACACCCGCCUCAGAAGUUCCAGCCCCGGAAUCGGCACCGCCAGCAAGCAGGAAACUCUGACUCAAGAGACGUCCCCUUCGCUGUGCUUAGGUGAGGCCAGCGGGCUCCCACCUGCAGCGCCCUGCUGCAUCAGUAUUGUGCCCAGGGCCGGGCACCCUUCCCUCUUAGGUGUUUAGUGGGGCUCUCCUGCAAACCUCCUCUCUCCCCGCUGCCCCAUUCACUGGGUCAUGGAGGGCGUUGAAAUACUGAACACAAGGGUCGCUCCUUAGUUACAAGUUCUUGUGAUUCCCCUGCCCCCGUUAUUAAAUGUUUGACCUUUUUCCCAUCAUAGUGUAUUGAAUGAAGCUGGCUUGGUUCUGUCCUGGUUUUUUGUUUUAAAAAUGAACUGGCCCUUUCUGUUAAGCUGGCUAUAGGAAUCUCUGUCAGUCAGGUAGCCAGGAAUGUAACCACCUCCCCAAGGAAAUAUCUGAUGUUACUUUGUUUCUUCAACUCUGAAAUUAGCAAGUUAAUUUCUGACAUUGUUUAAGCUUAGAUGUCUGGGAAAGGGCCUCUGAGUGUUAGCAGUCUGACAGGAACAUGCUGGCCGUUGUCACCACUUAAUUUAGAAGCUCCUCUUUCUUUCUGGAGCGAACCCUGCUAGUAACUGUGUUGUGGGAAGUUUCUGUUCUCCAAGUGUGUGCAAACUCUCAACCUGAAACAGACUGGAAGCAGCAUGCGCCGAGGCAGGGCAAAAUCCAGUCUCUGCUGCCCCACCAGUGCACGCUGCAUCCAGCAAAGGCAGAGUUCCUGCUGCCUUGGGACUCUCCACUAAAUGGGACCCAAAGAGGAGCAUGCAGCUUUCCAGGCAUGCCCUUGGCUUUCUGAAGAGCUGUCCUCUUGCUUGCAGGCUGCUUUUCCUUCAGCCUUGUUCUUGGGCAAACCGGUUCGGCAGGAUAAGCCCAUGUACAAUUUGUACCCAGCACUUGGGUGUUGCUUCUGUGUAAAUGGAAGGUGAUGCAACCAGCCUUAACAGAUCCACUUCCAAGGACGGGGGCUGUUCGGUCUGAUCCCCAAGGAGGAACACUUGCUGUGCAUGUACCAUAAAUGGGUUCCUCUCCCAUUAGCUCUGAAAUAGCCUUGAUCCCUGUUUUGCGAGUCCAAAGCCUGGCCCUGCAGCACUAUGGUUGAUGGAGCAGCCUGGCUUGCCCAUGCUGCAGCGAUCUGCUGUCGUGUCUCUGCAGCAUAGAUCCUGCAGGGACCGCUGCACCGCUUCCAGCUGCACUGGAGCUUGGCUUUGGCCUCUCGGCUGUUUGUAAAUUGCAUUAGGGGAACUAGGCACAAAGGUUGCUAAUUCAGCCCUGGACACGUUGGGGCAGCGCGUGUCUGAGUCGUUCAGCGAGUCACUAUAAAGCAAGCGGUGUCUUGGCCUGUGAAUUCCCAGCCAUGGGGAGAGGAAGAGCCCCCACCUGCCUGUUUCGGGUUGAGAGCUUUUCACGCAGAUGUGGCUUUUGAACUGAAAUACUUUUUUGUUGGUGUUUGUAAUUUAACAACCUUUUGUACUUAGUUGAAAUUAACUCAGAUGGCAUUUUAAAAAAAAAUCCUUUACAUUUAAAAUGUAACUGUUUCUCUGCCUUAAGGCUGAAAUGUAUCAUUUAACAUAUCGGUCGUGGGACUGAUGUUCUAGUCCUAACAACACUGUGAUGGCUUUUUUGUUUUGUUUUUGUUCCUGUUCUUUUGGAGUGCACACUUGUAACCAACAUUGUAAUGACUUGGUGGAGAUGACAAUACAUCUUAGAAAGUAA